AUGGAGAUGUUGCGACAGCUCCAAAACAUCCAGUUUACUGUAGGUGGCGUUGAAUAUAAAUUAUCUGCCGACGAUGGAGUUGGUCCAGAAACCACCCUCAACACUUACCUUCGAAAGAAGACGCAUCUCACAGGAACGAAGAGGAUGUGUCUGGAGGGCGGAUGUGGCGCUUGCAUAGUUGCAGUCGAGGAAACAAUUGAUGGAAAGAAAAGUAUUUUAGCUGUUAAUUCAUGCCUUGUUUCCAUUCUUUCCUGCCACGGUUGGAAGAUCCACACAGUCGAUGGGAUAGGCAAUUCCUUGAUCGGUUUGCAUCCCAUUCAGAAGCUGCUGGCCGAUAAUAACGGCACCCAAUGCGGCUUUUGUUCUCCUGGCAUGGUUAUGAAUAUGUUCGCCCUCCACGAAACUGAACAGCUGACCAAACAGCAGAUAGAAGACUCCUUCGGGGGCAACAUUUGCCGAUGUACUGGGUAUCGGCCCAUACUGUCCGCAUUCAAGAAGCUGGCAUCAGAUGCAGAUGAACUCACUGACAUCGAGGAUUUGAAACUGUGUCGUUAUAAUGAUUGCCAACAAAGAUCCAAGCAACUAGAAGAUACAAAAAAUUUGGAAAACUAUUAUCUUGAUCUUGGAAAGUCUAAAUGGAUGAAGGUGCACACCUUGAAAGAUUUGUUGGAAGUAUUGAAAACCAUUUCGACAAAUAACUAUAUGUUGAUUGCAGGAAACACAGGUAGAGGUGUAUUUAGACAGGAAAUACUUCCAGAUAUAUAUAUCGAUGUAACGACAGUUAAUGAACUGACAAGCUACUCAGUAAACGAAAAUUCUUUGGUAUUAGGGGCAAAUCUUACAAUCACAAAGCUUAUGAACAUUUGCAGAGAGGUUUCAAAGCAGGAUGGCUUCCAAUAUUUAUCUGUAAUAUGGGAUCACCUUGAUUUGGUGGCCAGUGUUCCAGUUCGAAAUAUUGGAACACUAGCUGGAAACCUGAUGCUAAAACAUUUGUACAAUGGUUUCGCCUCCGACAUUUUUGUACUAUUAGAAACCUUCCAAGCUGAAGUAGUCAUAGUCGGAGUUAACGAUGACGAUAUUCUGUGUUCUCCUAAAGAUUUUCUCAAGGUGGACAUGAAGAAAAAAGUUAUCAAAAAUAUAGUUUUGAAUGCAUUAGAUGACAAAAAGCAUAAAUACUCCUCAUAUAAGAUUAUGCCGAGAGCGCAGAAUGCACACGCGAUGGUCAAUGCUGCAUUUUUGAUCAAGUUGAAAAACGACGAAACCGUCGAAUGGGCUUCAAUCGUUUAUGGAGGCAUAAAUCCACAGUUCAUCCAUGCGGAAUCUACCGAGAAUAUUUUGAAAGGUCAAAAACUAUUCGAUAACAGUAUUUUGCAGACAGUUUACAAAACGUUAGAUCAAGAAAUUCAACCAGACUAUAUUCCACCAGACCCAAAACCUCAAUACAGACAUGAUUUAGCUAUUUCUUUGUUCUAUAAGUUCAUUCUAACAAUAAGCCCAGAAAAUUUGGUAUCGAACAGAAAUAAAAGUGGUGGUCCUUUGCUCCAAAGACCAGUUUCAAAUGGAAUUCAAGAAUAUGGUACAAACAAAGAUAAAUGGCCUCUAACAGAACCAAUGCAUAAACUGGAAGCUUACGCUCAAACCUCAGGUCAAGCGAAAUAUGUUGAUGAUAUACCAGAUCUUCCAAAUCAACUGUAUGCAGCCUUUGUCACUGCUAAAGCAAUAGCAAACUCCACAAUCGUCUCAGUUGAUGCUUCUCCGGCAUUGCAAAAGAAGGGGGUUGUUCGGUUUUUGGACAAAAAUGACAUACCUGGCUUGAACACUUUCAUGCCGAAGAUUGCUGGCAAUUUCAUCGAAGAGGAACUCUUCUGUAGCGGAAGAGUUCAAUAUUAUGAUCAGCCCAUAGGAGUAAUUGUUGCAAAUGAUCAAGAAAUCGCUUGGCAAGCUGCAGAACUCGUGAAUGUGACGUACGCUGCACCAACUACGAAACCGUUUUUGGACCUGAGAGAAGUUGUCAAAGCAAAAGUACAAGAAAGAAUCACACAUCAAUCGACAAUUGUGCCUACUGGAAAAGGAACCGAUGUUAAACACACUAUAAAAGGGGAGUUUUACGUUGGCCAACAGUAUCAUUAUCACAUGGAACUUCAGUGUUGCAAUGUGGUACCCACUGAUGAUGACGGCAUAGAAAUUCAUCCUUCUACUCAAUCGAUGGAUGCCAAUCAAAUGGCGAUAGCAGCAGCCCUCAAUAUCCCGACGAACAAAAUUAGUAUCUUCGUGCGUCGUAUUGGGGGAGGAUUUGGAGCUAAACUCUCAAGAAAUGCUCUUAUCUCUUCUGCCACAGCCCUCGCAGCGUAUACUCUCAAAGUUCCUGUGAGAAUGUCGAUGACUUUAGAAAAGAAUAUGGAUGUCAUCGGGAAGAGGUUUCCUCUAUUCGUCGAAUAUGAAGUAGGAGUUGACGACAAUGGAGUCAUUCAGUACUUGGAAGCCUCUUAUUACAGUGAUUUCGGUGUUGGUGGAAACGAGCCAAUAGACCCGUUGCUGGUAGAUAUGAUCACGAAUUGUUAUGAUUCCAAAUAUUGGAGUUAUUCUACCUAUACUGUUGCUACCGAUACUACUGCGACUUGUUAUGCAAGGGCCCCAGGUACUGCGGAAGCUUUAGCUUCGAUUGAAAGUAUCAUGGAACACAUAGCAUUCACACUGAAAUUAGAUCCCAGCGAUGUCAAAGCAGCUAAUAUGAAUCAAACGAAAUUUCCCAAAGUGGUUGAUUAUUGGAGGGAAAUGCAAACUUGGGGAGAUAUUUCAAACCGAAAAAAAGCUAUUGCCGACUUCAAUCAGGAAAAUCGUUGGAAGAAGAAAGGAAUGUCACUCGUACCCAUGGCAUGGACUCUGUUAGUUGGAGCAAAUUAUACAGUGUUAGUUUCAAUUUUCCACGGUGAUGGCGGAGUGGUUAUCACACAUGGGGGUGUUGAAAUGGGCCAAGGAAUCAAUACAAAGGUAGCACAAAUGUGUGCCCACAAAUUUGGGAUAAGUAUGAACUUGGUGUCGAUAAAACCAAAUUAUAAUUGUAUCACUCCAAAUGGUUCCUCAUCCGGCGGAAGUUUGACUACAGAGGCUGUUUGUUAUACCGUUGUUAAGGCUUGCGAGACUCUUAUCGAGAGAAUGAAACCAAUUAGGGAUAAGAUGAAAAACCCAACCUGGCCAGAAUUGGUCAAUCAAUGUUUUACCGAAAAUAUUCAAUUGUCGGCUACUGGCUUUUUCGCAAGUAAUGCACCAGGAGUUGAGGAAUACAAAAUCAUUGGAGUUUGUGCAACUGAAGUGGAAUUAGAUAUCUUAACCGGACAAAGGCAAAUUUUGAGAGUAGACAUCAUUGAAGAUCUGGGAGAAAGUAUGAAUCCAUACAUAGAUAUCGGACAAGUUGAAGGAGCUUUUAUCAUGGGACUUGGCUAUCAUACAACUGAGAACAUAAUCCACGAUUCAGAUGGUAAACUUCUGACGAACCGUACUUGGACGUACAAACCUCCUGGAGCAAAAGAUAUCCCACUCGAUUUCAGAAUCAAAUUCCCUACUGGAAAUCAUGAAACCACUCUGGGGGUACUCAAAUCAAAAGCUGUUGCUGAGCCACCGCUCUGUUUGUCGGUAUCUGUACCGUUAGGUAUCAGAAAUGCUUUAGAUUCAGCUAGGAGAGAAGCUGAUCCAAAACAAGCAACUUGGAUACCAUUCGAUGGACCCACGACAGUCGAAGAAGCAUAUCUCUACUCCUUGAACGACUAUAAACAAUACACUCUAUAA